GUUGCACCAUUUGAAACAUGCGUCUCCAAACGUAAGGAAUACGUAUCUGGGAUCUUACAGGCCAGUGUGUGUAUUAUUUCAAAUGCGUUGCGUUAGAGAAACAACACUGAAAGGUAAGACGUGUAACUAGCUGCGGCACCGCAUAAAGUGUACGAGCAAGUGGUUCGUUGUCAUCAACAAGAACACAGGAUAACUAGGCUAGCUAGCUAGCUAGCUAGCUAGCCAGCGAAGUCAUCCCCAAAACUAUUCCUUCUUGCAAGGUUCCUAGCAAUUGAAGCACAGCUUACUGUACUAGCUAAUGUAAAGUCCCUCGGUCUAAUAACCUCACAACACCAUGCUGCCUCUUUUUUAAUAGGUGCCUGCAUGAUACCUAUUUUUAAGUUGGGGUUGUAAUCAACAAGGACACUGCCGAAAUGUCUUUGUCAGACAGUUUGCAAGACCUCAGGAUAAAAGAGGCUGCCGGACACCGGCAACGCGACGGUGUCUCCGUGCAUGAAGUGCACUCGUGCGUCCAAGAUUGCCUCCGAGUUGCACGCUCGUCUGCGGAACAGCUGGACCCCUUGCGCGGCGUUCAGCAAUUAUUUGAAAGUGGAGAUGCUCACCUGCUCUUCUCCGAGUGCUGCGCCAACGAAGGCGCCAACAUUAAGAAUGUGUACCUGGAAAUUGUGAGCUCUCUGACUCAGUUCGCUGCUCUGCCUGUCUGCGAGGCGGACAGUGGGGAUCUCCCGGCCAGCUCUUACGAGGAUAUCCCCGAGAAGGCCAGCGCGGUCUGCGCAGCGUUGCUGGCCCUGGAUCGCAGGCUUGGGGCUGGGAACGACGUUCCGUGUUGCCACGGUCCCUCCACUCCGUCCGGGCCUCUCGCGCGCGCACUCGCGCCUCGUCUCUUCGUUUUUGCGGCGACCCACCUGCACAAUCAGCCCUGGACCAGCGAGACCUCCAGAACGGCUGCUUCUUCGCUACUGACCGCGGUUGUCCAGGGCAGCGGCUUUACGUCCAGCUCCCAGUUGCUGUGUGGAAAUACUGUAGAUGAGCACACUGGAAUCCUUUCUGCCGUCCUGGAGAUUCUGAAGCCAGAGUUAACCAAAGAGAACUGGAAGAGAAACCAGGCCACAAAGCACAUCUUUGCCUGGACGCUCACUCAGGUGGGCCGUCCAUGGCUGGCCGAGUUUCUGGACAGGGUAUUUCCCCCUUCCCUUCUGAUCUCGGACGACUAUCGCACUGACAACAAAGUGCUAGGGGUGCUCUGUCUGCGUCAUAUCCUACUCAAUGUGCCUGCAGCUGAUCUCAGGCAGUACAAUAGGGCCCAGGUACUCUACCAUGCCUUGUUCAACCACCUCUAUGUUGCUGAGGCAGAGCUCAUUGAGGCGGUUCUCCCCUGCCUGCUGGACCUGCUGUCUGUCCUGGAGAAGCCUCCGGUGGGCACGAGGGUGCCCCGGAAGCCCAACCACUACGACCAGGUGCUGCGGCUGAUCCUCACCCACAUGGAGAUGGAGCACAAGCUGGCCCUGCGCCGCGUGUACGUCAGAAACGUCGCCCUCUUCAUCGACAGGAUGGGCAUCACCGCUGUCCGUCACCUGAAGAGACUGGAGAGCGUCAUUCUGGGAUACCUGGAGGUCUCAGACGCUCCUCUGGAGCAGACGAGGCUCAGUAUCCUGGAAGUUCUGAAGAAGACUAUACAGCAUGCCUGGCCAAGACUGGAGUGCAGGAUGACCGUGUUGGUGCGCGCUCUGUUGAGACUGCUGGUGGACGUGUCUGAAGACUGCACUUCGGCGCCCCCUGCUGUUAGGGAGGAGCUCCUGAGCAGGGCCACACACUGCCUGCAGCUGCUGGAUUACUGCUCCCAGGGAAAACUGAAGGUUCUCCUGAGAGAGGUGGAUGGCAGCUGUGUAGAUGGCACAGUGCUGGAAUGCCUGAAGAAGGUCACAGACGCCAGCUAAGAGAACACAAAUACUGUGGAUCAAGGGAAGCCACCCCAGCCCUUCCCAAAAUGGACGUGUGUGUACAGAACGGAACCCAUCCCAGCCCCUCCUAAAAUGGAUGUGUGUACAGAACGGAACCCAUCCAAGCCCCUCCUAAAAUGGAUGUGUGUACAGAACGGAACCCAUCCCAGCCUCUCCUAAAAUGGACGUGUGUGUGUGUGUGUACACCUUCCUGUGCCGUGUCAGCAUGAUUAAGCAUCUUUUACAGCUUCUGGAAGAUUCCUGGUCAGCAGUCUAGUCUCACUGUGUGGAUUUCACGGAUGCAGUGCAGCUUGCGCAAUUUUCAUGAACUGUUUAUUUAAAAAUAAGAACUGGCUGUCACUGGUGUAAUACAGUUCAUAUUGGUGGUGUAAAGAGCCAUCUUGAAGAGUGGAAUUCCCUGCAUUUUUUACAGUACAUAAUCUGGCAUUACCUUCUCUUGAGACUUGCAACAUAAACAGAUGAAUACAAUGGUCGAAAUGAUUUGACUUCCAUCGCUAACAGUAUGUCCCUCACAGACAUAUUCCCUAUGCCUAAAGAGAUUUAAACAUCAGGGUAGUGUAAAAAAAAUAAAGACUAAAUAAUAUGUACUUGCA